AUGUAUUCAAACGAUAGUUUUAUUCUUCUCAGCCCCAAUUCUUCGAGGGUUCAAAAUCGCAUCCCUCCAGGCCAGUGCUUUACGGGGCUCCCCAUUCGGAUCGUUCCUCAUCGAAAGGAGACACGUUUCGCGGCAGACGUAGUGACUGGCACACCCUAUAUACAGAACCCUGUAGUUAAGUUUAAAUCUGUGGAAAAGAACGUCGUACUUCGGUUAGGCUACAAUCAACCUCACAACAUCGACAAGAGACAGAGUGGAUUGGAAGUACGCCGUCACAAAUUUCUGCCAAAGUACAAAUUUGCACCCGUGCGCUGGCAGCAGCAAUACAUGCAACUACCAGCUGCUCAAUCAGAAGAAUUGCCUGCGAAUAUAUGA